UCGGUGAAAGUCGUCUACCCGGCAUAAUUCAAAGCACUAGAAAAGGUGGAAGAUUAGUCAGCAGCUCCAGCUGCUAAGCCUCGACUGAACUCCACCAAUUUCAAAAUGCCAGCAUCCGCCUGCAGGAUGGGCUGAAUGGCUAGGGGGGUCUCCUCUGCAGGGGGACGUCUCGGCUCCCACCUUCCUGAGGAAAGCCAUUUGAAUAUCACAUUCCCACUUCUAGAAAGUUCUUUGAGCGGGUAUAUAGAGCAGGAGAGAGAAGGCUUUAGCAGCUCAACUAUCUACAGGACACCAGAGAGGAGAAACUCUGCAAAUCUGUGCAAGAAUGAAAAUCACAGACAUCAAAAGAUCUCAAGGACAAACAGGAUGUGGCUGAGCAACGUGAUAGUAGCUUUUUGCCUGCUGGCUCUCCCGGCCUCCGCAGAGGACAAGAAGCUGAGCAGCCACGCGUCCACUCUGGCCGACAACAGCGCCAACCUGGCUUUUAGCCUCUACCACAACAUGGCCAAGGCCAAAGACAUGGAGAACAUCCUCAUCUCGCCCCCGGUGGUGGCCUCCUCGCUGGGGAUGGUGGCGCUCGGGGGGAAAUCGUCCACCGCCUCGCAGGUCAAGGCGCUGCUGCAUGCUGACAAACUCAAGGAUGAGCACCUGCACGCCGCCCUCUCCGAGCUGCUCUCACAGGUGAGCGACGCCAAAACACGCAACACCACCUGGAAGAUCAACAACCGCCUGUACGGGCCCAGCUCGGUCGCCUUCGCCGACGACUUUGUGAAGACCAGCAAGAAGCACUACAACUACGACCACUCCAAGAUCAACUUCCGCGACAAAAGAAGCGCCGUCAACUCCAUCAACGAGUGGGCGGCCAAGUCCACCGACGGCAAGCUGCCCGAGGUCACGAAGGAAGUGCAGAACGCCGACGGGGCCGUGAUCGUCAACGCCAUGUUCUUCAAGCCGCACUGGGAUGAGAAGUUCCACGAGCAGAUGGUGGACAACCGCGGCUUCCUGGUGUCUCGCUCCUUCACCGUCGGCAUUCCCAUGAUGCACCGCACGGGCCUUUAUAACUUCUACGAGGACAAAGAGAACAGUCUCUUCGUGCUGGACAUGCCUCUGGGCAAGAAGCAGGCCUCCAUGAUCCUCAUCAUGCCCUACCACCUGGAGCCCCUGGAGCGCCUGGAGAAGCUGCUGACCAGGAAGCAGGUAGACGCUUGGCUCAGCAAGAUGGAGAACAGAGCCGUGGCCAUCUCGCUCCCCAAGAUCUCGUUGGAAGUCAGUCACAACCUGCAGAAACAUCUGGCCGAGCUCGGCCUGACCGAGGCGGUGGACAAAGCCAAGGCCGACUUGUCCAACAUUUCCGGCAAGAAGGACCUGUACCUUUCCAACGUCUUCCACGCCUCCGCCCUGGAGCUCAACACCGAAGGCAACACGUUUGACACCACCAUCUUCGGCACUGACCGGCUGAGGGACCCCAAGCUUUUCUACGUGGACCACCCUUUCAUUUUCCUGGUGAAGGACAACAAGACCAACUCCAUCCUGUACCUCGGCAGAGUGAUUCGACCCAAGGGGGACAAGAUGCGCGACGAGCUAUAAUGUUUUGUUUUAAUUGUCAAACUAUGUCAAGAAACUGUGCGUGUGUGUUUUGUUUAGCGUUACCUCAGGAACACAUUCCUUUAAGGCAGACUGUGGACUGAAUACUUGGAUUGAAUACUCAAAUAUGAGCAGCAAGCAGACAACAUGCUUAUAUUAAGUAUGACAUUCCAGUUUCUUAAUGCCAGUAUUGGUCAGGCUACGUCCCCUUGGUGCUUGCUUCUUGCAUUAUCUUUAAUGUUUAAAGACAAACUCUGCACAAUCUCUGCACAAGCAUGUUUUAACUUCUAAAUCCACUCCUUCAUGUGCUUUAUAUUUGUUUUUCUGCCUGCACUGAAUUCUACCAGCUUAAACUUGCAGAAGAAAUGUGGUUUAAUUGAUGCUGACCAAUUUGUCCACAAAAAUGCUGUUGGAAUUGUGAUUGUGUGGUUAUGAACAAAAAUUCCUUUUUUUCAAUA